AUGAAUGAACGAAUCGAAACUCAAACAUAAACUUACAUAUGCAUAACAGAGAUAGAAAAAAAACAAAAAAAAUUUGUCUACCCAAGAGUUGAUAAAUACAAUCAUCCAAUUAUAAAAGGAGUGAAGGGGAAAAGAAUUUCCUUUAGAGAUAUCAUAGAGAAAAGAGAAUUAUGUGAUAUAUAUAUGGUUUAAAAAUAUCACUAGAAUAAGGAAAAUUCUAAAUGUUCCUGUAGCUGUUCAAUCUAAUGA